GGUCUUCUUUCUCACAUGACAAAACUAUCCAUAACGCUCGUGACUAUAUAUAGAGAGAGAAAGUAGAGAGAAGAGGCAUAGAGCUCAAGAGCUAUGGCGUUCUCUAGGGUUUAUACUGCACUUUUCUUCUGUGUUUUUGCAAUCAUAUCAUCAUGUGUCUCGAUCUCUUCUGCUACCGAGGCGGAGAAAGAAUAUGUUUUGACUUUGGAUCACUCAAAUUUCACAGAAGUCGUGUCUAAACACAAAUUCAUCGUCGUUGAGUUCUACGCUCCUUGGUGUGGUCACUGUAAGAGUCUAGCUCCAGAGUAUGAAAAGGCAGCAUCUGUGUUGUCAAGCAACGAUCCUCCAGUUUAUUUGGCAAAGGUUGAUGCCAAUGCUGAAGAAAACAAACCACUUGCACAACAAUAUGAGAUUCAAGGUUUCCCUACAAUCAAGAUCUUGAAAAGUGGAGGAGAAGUUGUUCAAGACUACAAAGGCCCUCGUGAGGCUGAUGGUAUAGUGGAAUACUUAAAGAAACAAGUUGGUCCUGCAUCAUUUGAAAUCAAAACUCCAGAAGAUGCAGCCACCCUUAUAGAUGAAAAGAAGGUCUUUGUGGUAGGAAUUUUCCCAACAUUCUCUGGUGAAGAAUAUGAGAAUUUCACAAUCUUAGCUGACAAGCUGAGAUCAGAUUAUGAUUUUGGGCAUACUACCAAUGCUGAACUCCUUCCACGUGGGGAAUCACCAGCCUCCACCCCAACAAUUAGGUUACUGAAGCCCUUUGAUGAACUAUUUGUUGAUUUCAAGACAUUUGAAGUUGAUGCCUUGGAGAAGUUUAUUGAAGACUCCAGCAUUCCUCUUGUGACACUCUUUGACCAAAGUCCAUCCAACCAACCAUUUCUAAUCAAAUACUUUGAAAGUUCCAAUGCAAAGGCUAUGUUGUUUCUUGAUUUCAGUCAUGAGCAAAUUGAAAGUUUCAAGUCAAAAUACAAUGAUGUUGCUGGUGUAUACAAAGGAAAGGGAUUAAAUUUCCUCAUUGGUGAUGUUAAGGCUAGUCAAGCUGCUUUGCAGUAUUUUGGGCUUAAAGAAGACCAAUCACCUGUCCUCAUUGUACAAAACAGUAAUGGUCUCAAGUUUAUUAACUCAAAUGUUGAAUCUGAUCAAAUGGCUCCUUGGUUGAAGGACUAUGUGGAUGGAAAAGUGAAGCCCUUUAUAAAGUCGGAGCCUAUUCCAGAAACCAAUGACGAGCCUGUGAAAGUGGUGGUUGCUAAUAGCCUUAAAGACAUGGUUUUGGAGUCCACAAAGAACAUUCUACUAGAGAUCUAUGCACCAUGGUGUGGCCAUUGCAAGAAACUUGCUCCAAUUUUGGACGAAGUUGCUGUCUCCUUUGAAAACGACGCUGGUGUCAUGAUUGCCAAAUUCGAUGGAUCAAACAACGACAUUCCAAGUGAUACGUUUGAAGUUCAAGGUUACCCGACGUUGUAUUUCAGAACCUCAAGUGGAAAAGUGUUGCCAUAUGAUGGGAACAGAACAAAAGAAGAUAUUAUCGAGUUCAUUCAAAAGAACCGUGAAGGCGAGAUUUCUCAACCAACCACAACAACCGAACCAGCAAAAGAUGAGCUAUGAAGAGUUUUCUUUUCCCAUCCGUAGUUCAGUUUCAUGUACUCUUUUAAGUUUUGAGACUUUUUAAGUUAAAAUUGCGGAUAUUAUCCUUAAAUUAGUUGUGUACCAAACCGCCACCUCCACCACCACCACCGUUGCCACCAUGGCCACCACCGGGUACUUUUGUAAUGCAUGGUAUGAAUAAAUGUUUGGCUAGAAUGAAUAUAAAUAAAAUGAAAACGAAACUACUUUUUCAAAA